AAAAGGCUCUGCAGGCAAGAGGGACUGUGGCCCUGCGACGGCGCGGCCCGGGAUUUGCUGCGCAUCGGGCUCGCUCGUCUGAUCGCUCCUGUCCGCUCAGCCCGACCCCCAGCGCCACCUCGCUCCUCACCCGGAGCACCGCGAUGGAGGUCCCGCCCCGGCUCUCCCAUGUGCCGCCGCCAUUGUUCCCCUCCGCUCCCGCGACUCUCGCCUCCCGCAGCCUCUCCCAUUGGCGGCCGCGGGCGCCCCGGCAGCUCGCCCCGCUCCUCCCUUCGCUCGCUUCCAGCGCCUCCCGGCAGGGGGCGCGCCGGAGCCCGCGCCACGUCACCGCCCAGCAGCCCUCCCGAUUGGCGGGCGGAGCGGCUAUAAAGGGAGGGCGCAGGCGGCGGCCGGAUCUCUUCCGCCGCCAUUUUAAAUCCGGCUCCAUACAACGCUCCACCGCCGCCGCUGCCGCCGGGACCCGCACUGCGCGCCAGCAACCCCUCGCCGACGGCUCCGCCACCAUGGAGGACACGAACGAGUACAGCAACAUAGAGGAGUUCGCAGAGGGAUCCAAGAUCAACGCGAGCAAGAAUCAGCAGGAUGACGGUAAAAUGUUUAUUGGAGGCUUGAGCUGGGACACAAGCAAGAAAGAUCUGACUGAGUAUUUGUCUCGAUUUGGGGAAGUUGUAGACUGCACAAUUAAAACAGAUCCAGUCACUGGAAGAUCGAGAGGAUUUGGAUUUGUGCUUUUCAAAGAUGCUGCUAGUGUGGAUAAGGUUUUGGAACUGAAAGAACACAAACUGGAUGGCAAAUUGAUAGACCCCAAAAGGGCCAAAGCUUUAAAGGGAAAAGAACCCCCUAAAAAAGUUUUUGUGGGUGGAUUGAGUCCAGAUACUUCAGAAGAACAAAUCAAAGAAUAUUUUGGAGCCUUUGGAGAGAUAGAAAAUAUCGAGCUUCCCAUGGAUACAAAAACAAAUGAAAGAAGAGGAUUCUGUUUUAUCACGUAUACAGAUGAAGAGCCAGUAAAGAAAUUGUUAGAAAGCAGAUACCAUCAAAUAGGUUCUGGGAAGUGCGAAAUCAAAGUUGCACAACCCAAAGAGGUGUACAGGCAGCAACAGCAACAACAAAAAGGUGGACGAGGCGGGGCGGCUGGUGGAAGAGGUGGUGCCAGGGGGCGUGGAAGAGGUCAACAGAGCACUUACGGCAAGGCAUCCCGAGGGGGUGGCAAUCACCAGAACAAUUACCAGCCCUACUGAGGAGGACCUGGGAGAAAGCAGGUGUGUGAGCUUACAAGGAAACAUUGGCAAUGUCUGAUUUCAUUUAAAGAUCAAUAGACAAAUGGAAAAGAGUAAACGAUAUAUGUAGUCUUUACUAAAUUGUAAAUUUGUAAUUGCUUUAUGAGCCUGUUUUGCCUAAAGUGUCUAUAGAUCUUUAACUUUAAAGUCUUACCUCACCUUUUUUAGAAUUACAGAAAAACUUAAGAGUUUUUCUGUUUGCUUUGUGUACCAGGAGGUUUAAACUUUUUUUAGAACUAUUAACAGGUAAAGUACUGAAAUGGGUACAACUUAAGGAAAACAAGAAUGUUGUCUUCUGACUCUGACAUUAUACCUUGUUUGUACCCGCCAGCGGGAACUUCAUUGCAGGCCGUGUGUCACCCUGACCACGUCUAUCUCUGGGGGUCGCACGUUGCGGGCAGAGCGCAAGGCAUACACCAGAAAAGGCUGUCCUGUGGUAUGGUCUCUUCCAACUUCAUGUACCAGCGUAAAGAUUAAAAGUGGAAACUUCAGACUUUGCUUCUUUUUAAUCUUUUUGGAGAUUAAGUGUCUAAACUUAACUUAAAUGGUUUUUUGCAGGAGUUAAAGUACAUAAAUGCCUUUUUACAGCUUAAUCAUUUUGGUCUUCUGUUUAGUGUUGUAUUUCAAUUGUGGAGCCUCAUUUUAAGUGUCCAUUCUUUAAGAUUUAAUGCUUGCUUUUUCUUUUUAUAGCUAAUAGUGAAAUCUACAAACCAAAACAAGAACUUUUAAAUCUGGGAUAUAAGUUAAAGAUCAUAUGCACAAAGCAAUUCAUUGUCAUGUUAAUACUCUAAACCUGCCUGAAAUUUGUAUUGGAUGAUAACAUUCUACUUGGCUAGCUAGAGCUAUGCCUCUAGUUGGCCUUCAUCUGCUAGGCCUAUAACUGUGGAAAGAUUACAUUCCUGUGUUCUAAAGUGAAUCCACCUAAUGUCAUUUGGGAACUCCACAGUGAGUUUUUCAAACACCCAAACUACACGUUGUCAAUAAACAUGCAUGUGAUCUUUAAUUGUUGAAGAAAAGAAUAAAGUGAGGACUUAAUUCAUGAAAGUGGACCUUUGCAAACUUGGGAGAGUUGCACACAGCUAAUGGUUGUUUUGUUUUUGUUUUAGGAGGUGUAAAGAAACCAUCUUACAGGACGACAUUGAAGAUUGCUUGAUCUUGUGUUGACCUGAGAUGAUUAUUUUGUAAAAGACUUUCUAGUGUACAUGACACGAUUGUGUCCAACUGUAUAUAGCUGCCGAUUAGUUAUUGUUUUUACUUUGUCCUUUGCUAUCUGUGUUAUGACUCAAUGUGGAUUUGUGUUUACACAAAUUUUUGUUUGUAUUCAUGUUAAACCUCAAAUAAAUGCUUCCUUAUGUGAUUGUUUUUCUGCGUCAGGUACUACAUAGUUCUGUGGAAAUGUAAAUUUAUAAAGAAGCAAUAAUUAAGGCACAGCUUGUUUUAUAGGGGGAUAUUGGCCCACAGGAAGAGAUUGGUCCUAGUUAGUGUCCCCUUGUUCCUGGUUUCUGUAGAGGUGUUCUGUGAUUAUAGUCUAAGGCUUCAUUUCUCUGUUAAAUGAGAUUCCAUACCUUUGGAUGUUUUCCCCGGGGUAUCUGGAGACUGACACUACAGUCUAUGUGAUUGACGCCGUCUAGUGGGAGCUGUGCUUUCAGACUGUUUCUAAGGGAAGCACCUUGCUGGGCUAGGACUGCCUCGCUGGCACAGUGCUGUUUUGAGCUGAGCAUCCAUACAGCCCUGGUUUCUCUCACCAUAAAAGCCUGUUAGCACAAAGCUUGUUAAAUGGCUAUCUUUGCUUUGUUCUUAUCUGACAAAUCGUGUAUGAUAAUAGUUGGCUCUGGCUUUAAGAGUUAAUGGCUUUUUUGCUAGAAAAAGCUUUAGCUGAUCACCAUAGUUCUUGGGAUUUUAGUACUAUAGAUAAAUAAAUGCAAGGGAAGGAUGCUGUCACACUGGUAGUAGGGGCCUCGUCAGAUGUAUGGGAUUGUCCUGAGGUUUGGAUGCAGUGGAAAGCUAACACUGGUGCAUCCAUCCCACCAUAGUGCAUAAGUAGAUUUAAGCAGUUCUGUGUUGAGGCAGAGGAAAGGGGCAGUGGAAAAGAUGAGUCAUGGUCUAUUUUCUGGGGCAUUACAAACUUAAGGUUUUAAGGUAAUACAAGCUUUGAGUUUUUCAUUGAAUGCUUGGACUUAAAAGGGGUUUCCAUGGUUCCACAGACGCUUCUAGUUUUGGGAUUUGUUCAAGUUUAGAGUACUUGGUCUUAGAAGACCAGUGUAAGCUUUUUAUACUGAUGACCUUUUUUAAAAUGCCUACAACAACUUUGUUCUGAUAUUUGUACUUGCUAGGCUAUCAAGUUAAAAUGCACUGGCCUUGUUUUAUUAUGGCCAAGUACCAGUGUUGGGCUAUUAAAAAGAAUCAUUGCAACCAAGACAAUAUAAGGGAGAGCACAUUAUGUUAAUAGGUACAGUGCCAGAAUAAGAAAUACCUGUGAGUUCAAACUUACAAUUAGGUGACAAGUUGACAUUGAGAUUGUCAUUUUUCCCUGAUCAAAAUAAAGUCUUUUUAAAAUAAAA